AAAGCCGCCUACUGCCGUGGUCAGACACAGUCCGCAAUAUGAGGUGCCUGACACAGAUCGCUCUCGCAGCGACGCUCUGCGUCCUUCUCCUCUCCUGGACUGAUGCUGCACCGACGCCGGACGCCAAUGAAGAAGCGGUCAAGAUUCACGAAGAGAAGGUGCCCUCUGAAGAAGUCCCAGCUGCUCCUCAGCCUGCCGAUGGUGAAGCAGCAGCACGUGUGAAGCGAGGAGGCGGCGGCGGCUGCAACACUUGCGGAGGCGGCGGCGGCCACGGAGGCGGCGGCGGUCGCGGCGGCGGCGGCGGCAGCGGCAGCUUCUCCAAAAGCAGCUCGCAGGCCUCCAGUUCCAGCUCCAGCGGCAGCUUUGGGGGCGGCGGCGGCAAGUAUGGUCACGGAAAAUAAGAAGACCAGACGUGAUCGUUAGCCUCUACUACGCAUUAGUGACAUUGUAACUUGAAUGAAAUAAACUGCUUACUUACACUUAAA